CUUCAAGUGGUGGAGGCCGAGGUGCGCACGGGAAGCAGCGGUGCCGGCCGCGACGGGCACAAGCAGCAGCCGCGCCGGCCGUGCGUGGGCGAGAGCACCAGCUAGCCGCGGAGGUAGAGCUCGUGGAUGUCCGCGUGGCCGCGCAUGUCGAUGCGGCGCCAGAGCGCGGGCACGUCGCGCGCGGCGCGGCACCAGGAGCGGCGCACCUGCCCCACGCCGGUCAGGAUCUCGAUGUGGUCGAGCUUGUGGAGGAUGGCGCAGAGCACGUCCAGCAGGAGCCUCGCCCAGUCCCUCGCCUCCUCCGCCGCAGGCGCUAGUGCUGGCCCCUUGCGGCCGCGUCGUCCACGGGAGUCGAGAGCCACGAGACUAGGCUGUGGAAAUGAAAAUGGACCAUGCUUGAGCCAUGCUCCAGGUGAGCUGCGCGUAGCCGCCGCCGCCGCUGAAAAUGGCCCAUGCGUGAGCCAUGCUCCAGGUGAGCUGCGCGUAGCUGCCGCCGGCGAGCGUGUGCGCCGUCGUGCGUGAGUGAGCGCCGGCCGUGGUCGGCGGUGGAGGUGGCUUGCAGGUGCACACGAGGUGUUUGUAGAAAUGCCAAAGAGAAAGAGAGAGGAGGAAGAAGAGGGUCAGCCUGACUUGUGGGCCCAUCCUAUUAGAAAGACGUUUAAAAGAGGUGAAUCAGGCAUUUUCGCGAUGUGGUAGUUUUUAGUCAAAGAUUAGAAAAAAAGUGGUAGUUUUUGGCACAAAUAUGUAAAGUGGUAGUUUCUAGACACAUUUACAUGAAUUGUGGUAGUUUUUGGUUAAAUACUCCGUGCGCUACCACUCCCGCCUCCUUCCGGCGCGCCGUCAUCCCCGCCUCCUACCGGCGCGCCGCCGGACCCUCCUUCCCUGGAGCGCCGCCACCCCGCUGCCCUCGCCAUCUUCCCGAGCGCGCCGCUGCCGCCGUCUUCCCCAGAGCGUCACCGCCCCGCCACCCCCGCCCACGGGACCAGUGGUCCCAUCGCCGGUCUCCCCCCACCCAGAUUUGCCGGAGGCGCACCGGAUCCUGCCUCAUGGCCGGUUCCCGCGACUCGGCCGCCGCCCCAACCGCUGCAGCAGCCGACCACCUCCACUAGGUGCCCCGGCGGUUCGGACCCCCACCUGGCCCCUCCCUCGAACCCAGCGAGCCUCCGCCCCGACCUACUUCCCGCGCGAGGUCGCCUCCGCCUCCUCCUGGCGCACCGCCGCCCCCACCAUCUCCACCUCCGCCUCCGCCGAUGCCUCCUUCUCCACCUCCGUUCGCAAGCGAUGGCGGCCGCGGUCUUCAGCCCCAGCCACCAUGGCUGCAGAUCCACCCACGGCCGGUCGUCUAAGCUUCAAGCAUGGAUGGAUGGAUUCAGGAAGGUAUCCUUCCUCCCUGGGUGGAGCGAGCUGCAGAUCCCGUCCGGCCCUCCGGAACCGGCCAUCUCCGCCUCCUCCUCGCCGCCGCCGCUGGGGAUCACGUCUUCACCAAACGCGAGCUCCGCCCCAUCCGACCGACCGCAAAGGGAGAUAGGACAUGGCGGAAACAAAACUGCACGACGAUGUGCAUUUCUGCAACACAUCAGACGGAAGAAAAAGCAGUGAGGAGAGGUGUUGAUAUCCUUUGCGUCCAAGAAACCAAAUGGAGAGGACAGAAGGCGAAGGAGGUGGAGGAUACCGACUUCAAGCUGUGGUACACGGGGACGGCUGCAAACAGAAAUGGCGUAGAUUAUCUUAUAGGACGGGCGAAAUGCAACAGAAGAAGCUCCUCCGCUGCUACUCGCCAAACUCCAAGCAAAAAGGACCUUCCACUUUCCUUGCUAAUGGUGAGCAACUCAAAGAUGUCUAAAAGGGGCCUCAGUUUGUUCGGAAUCAGAUACAACCAUAUGAUCCAUUAUUGUUCGUGGGCAUCAUAUUUAAAAAAAAAAUAUUUUUUGGAUUUUGUAAAGUUUGCGGUUAAUAAGCCGGUGAGAGCUGAUGGUUCAGUUAGAUCCUGCAUUUACUUGACCUCUUUCUCUGUCAGGAGGAUAUUCAAUACCAAGAUUUAUGAUUUGGCAUAAGUGAGAUGACAUACAAGUGAGUUUAAUUCAUGAGAGUGAAAUAGCAACAGUUUAAUUAUCAUACCGCCGGCAGCUGCACCUCAACUGCGGAAAAAGAAAUCUUGAAGAACCAAGACCACCACCAGCUGGAAGAAGAUUUCAUCUAGGAAAUUUAGUCCUAGGGACUUUGAUAUACAAUGAUACACCAAAGCAAGCAAAGAAGCCAAAAGAAGUUAAAUGUUUUUACCUGCUGCUGGCAUCCGAUGAGCAGUUGCAGGUGUCAACCAUAGUAUUGUUAUAUGAAGUGAGAGUUGCAUGUGCUUAUCUGAAGCUUAUACUAAUAAUUUGCCUCCCUAAUUGUGGCUGAUCUGGAGCUCAUACCCAUGUUGGUACAUUUUCCUCUUUUUAGUUCAUCGGAAAAAUUGACACACAGCGGCCGCUAAAUUUUUUGAGAAGACGAACCAUGGAGAUUGGAGAUGAAGAGCUGGUCGCCGCCCCUAUGUACCUAUUCUGAUUGGAGUUCUUAUUACAGUUACAUGAUCAUGUGACAGCAUGGCAUCGGACAACACGGCCUUCACCUUAAUGCACCCCAAAGGUGGUCAUCGCCGAAGCACGCCAAGGGUGAGCCAUAACCAUACCGUUGACCCACCGGCGUGGUGAGGACAAAUUGCAUAGUAUCAUGUUUUUUCAGUUAAAACCUGAGAACAGAAAGACGUAUCUAACACAGUAUGUAAAAUUUGUAAGCUCAUAUGAAAAUAGCUGAGAUCAAAUUAGGUAAGCACGUUCUUGCAAGCGAUGUAUUUUCUCACUUACGAGAAUUACCAGUUGCAUAUAUAAUAUACUGUAGUAGCCUAUAUUCAUGCACUCUCAUUUUUGCUGAACAAUUCAUGAUCAAUACUGGAUUUUUUUAAA